AUGGAUCCAACCAAAGAAACCAAGUCCUAUAGGGACCAGCAGCGAAUAGACACCCUUCGCGCUUCAAUUGCAAGUCUAGAAGCUAAGCAUGCGCAGCUCGAAGCCAACCUGGCUUCGGUGACUACUCAGCUCAUUGACAAUCCCAAUACCACCUGCGAGCGGUAUACCCAGCUCUUGCACGAGUACAAUGAUAUCAAAGAUGUUGGACAGGGGUUGAUGGGGCUUAUUGCUGAUGUGAGGGGAGUGAGGCAAAUUGAGGUGGAGAAGGAGUUUGGGGUUUCGGAGGAGGAUUGA